GGACGGCGACGCGCACGCUCCCGCCGCCAAUCCGUGACAUCAGCACGUCGAUACGGUGGCCUGUCCGGAGGUGCGUUCAAGAAUCGGCCGCUCCGUAAACCACCCCAAAUUCGACUCGAUAUUGUCCGUCGUACGUUCCCGCAUCGCCCGUUCCGUUGUGAGUGUUCACGUCCGCAGGUCUGAAUUGAACCACAAGAAACAUGUCUGCAGGCGAUAGUUUGGGUGCACCGGGCGCCGGUGGUGCAGCCGGUGGCGACGAUGGAAUCGUCGGCGGUCCGAGGACGCCGCAACAGAUCGCCGCCCAGAAGCGCAUCCAACAGACCCAGGCCCAGGUCGACGAAGUGGUGGACAUGAUGAAGACCAACGUCGACAAGGUGCUCGAACGUGAUCAGAAACUGUCCGAACUCGACGACAGAGCCGAUGCUUUACAACAAGGAGCGUCACAGUUUGAACAGCAGGCAGGCAAACUGAAGAGGAAAUUCUGGCUCCAGAACUUAAAGAUGAUGAUAAUCAUGGGAGUGAUUGGACUUGUCAUACUGAUCAUCAUAAUCAUGAACUUCAUGUAAAAUUCGGGGGCCGAUUUUCGCACACGAAAACCUCGGUAAAUGGACUUGAAUGGUUGUACGAUUUGGUGUAAACGGCUUUUCUGUCUGUCUUUACUGUUUUUAUUUCUCCACACCCCACCCCCACCCCCUUGAGCCCGUUUUUAAAUGUGUAACGACCACCGGAAAAUCUCAAUGGACUCAUUUUCAUCGUUGCUCAAAGCAUGUGGUGCUGAUUGUCGUUGUCUUUUAUUUUCGGCUUGUUGACUGGACUCGUAGUGGCGUUUGUGUUGCACGUCUGUAACUAGUUGUUUUGCAUGCGUUGUGUACGAACCAACUGAUUGGGUUAAUAUCGUUCUUUUGCAGUUAAUAAUUGGCAUAACACAGAAAUCUACGUUCAAACAAUAAUACUAAUUCUAAUAUUGACUAAACCGCAGGCAAAAUUCGUUCCAUCAGAAAAUUAAUACACACGUGUCCACGUGCAUAAAAUUGAUUUCCAAAAGUAUUGUAUAAAAAUUGUAAUGUUAACCAGUGAGGGGAGCAACGAAACGCGCGUCCGGCCGAAGUUUCCCGUCUUCCAGGACUCCAACAAUAACCACUCUCUCACUCUCUCUCUCUCUCUCUCUCUCUCUCUCUCUCUCUCUUCUCGAUCAUGACGUGUAAAUAUCGAAAAGUUUGACGGGACGCGCGUUUUCCUCCCGUUUAAUUCCAAAAACAAAGCAAAAAAAAAAAACGAAAUGUAUAGAAAUUUCAAUGUACUUAUUUAAAUGAAAUGACAUUAGAUUAAAGGAUUUUUUCCCCGGGGGGAGGCGACCGCGAAAAUCGACGUAUGAAACCCAAGUAACACCAGAUUAUUGUAAAAACUGUUUCUGUGGUCGAUUUUCGGCGGACUAUUUGUUUUUCGUGCUCGCUUCCAGAUUGUUAACUGUAUAUAGGAGUAAAGUUUUUGCUUUUUAAACGUGGCGGACAAAAACAACAACCACAUUGGUUUUGUAGCGUUUAUUUGUUGUGAUUUUAAGGAUUAUUGAAUUAUCAAAUAUAUGGGCACUAAAUAUAAAACAUUUAUGAGUCAUUUCUAAACCCACUACCAAAAUAUUUCUAUUAAGAA